UCUUCUCCUCUCCCUCCCGCGCCCAUCCCGAGACGCCUCUUGGGGAGGGAAUGCUUAAGAAGCCUCCUGCCUCCCCUCAUCUCCCGACCGGCAUCUUCCUUUCCAGCACCCUGUUGUACCUCAGACGGCCAUGCAGAAGACGGCGAUCUUGCUAUGGGGCUUGCUGCUGCUUUCCGGGGGUUCAGCAGAGACCAAGGAACAGUGCUCCACAGGGAAAUUUACUAUCAGUGGGGAAUGCUGCCAAGCCUGUAACUCUGGGGAAGGAGUUGCCAAACCUUGUGGAGUAAACCAAACUGUUUGUGAACCUUGCUUGGACAGCAUCAGCUAUUCAGACACGGUGAGUGCCACUGAGCCAUGCAAGCCUUGUAAGGAGUGUGUGGGCCUGGAGAGCAUGUUGGCUCCUUGUGUGGAAUCGGACAACACCAUCUGCAAAUGCAUCUAUGGCUUCUAUCUGGACGAGAACAAUAAUUGUAAAAAGUGCCGCAUCUGUGAAAUAGGCUACGGGCUUGUCUAUCCUUGUGGGGAAAAUCAGAACACGUUGUGUGAGAAAUGCCCGGCGGGGACGUAUUCUGAUGAAGCCAACCAUGUGGACCCCUGCUUCCCUUGCACAGUGUGUGAGGAGGAUGAAAUCAUUGAGAAGAACUGUACUCCAACUUCAGACGCCAAGUGCAGAGCAAUUAAUCCAAGAUUUGCGAUGACAACCAAAGUCCCGAUGGAUCCCAGUGAUACCAGUGAUAGAAAUGCAGACGCAAAUACAGAUGUAAUCGUAGCAACUAAUCCACAAUUUGCAGUGGCAACGAAGACCCCGAUGGAUUCCAAUACCAGUGAUGCAGAACCAAAUGCAUACAUAGAUAUAGAGCAUGAUUUUUACCCAGGGACUCCCAAAAGUCCCUUUCCUGUUACAAAUUUUUCAGAGACUCUGGAUAUUUCGGAGACCACUGUAAUGAGCACCACAAUGACCACUGUUAUGGGCAGCUCCCAGCCUGUCAUUAGAAGUGGGACAGCUGAUAACCUCAUCCCUGUCUACUGCUCCAUUUUGGCAGCUGUGGUGGUGGGUCUGGUGGCAUAUAUUGCCUUCAAGAGGUGGAACAGCUGCAAACAGAACAAACAAGGUGCCAACAACCGUCCUGUCAACCAGACGCCUUCCCCAGAAGGAGAGAAACUUCAUAGUGACAGCGGCAUCUCGGUUGAUAGUCAAAGCCUCCACGAUCAACAGCCACCAACACAAACAGCAUCUCUACAAGGUCUUAAAGGAGAUGGGAAUCUUUACACUAGCCUGCCCCCUAACAAACGCGAGGAGGUUGAAAAGCUGUUGAACGGUUCCACAGAGGAGACAUGGCGUCACCUGGCCGGAGAACUAGGCUACAAGGAAGAUCACAUAGACUCCUUUACACAAGAGGAAUACCCCGUCCGUGCGCUGCUCUCUGAUUGGUCCAGCAAGGACAGUUCCACCAUGGAUGCCCUUUAUUCAGCCUUGCGCAAGAUUCAAAGGGGGGACAUUGUGGAAAGCCUUUACAGUGAAUCCACUGCUAGCUCUCCAGUGUGAAGGAGGAAGAGGGGGCAGAGGUUAGCUCUCAGUUAGCUCCUCAUUUCCCCUGCCCCACUGGUGCCUCUUGGAAGAAGAACAUGUGAAGGAAAAAUAGAGCUCAUUCUUUCCGGGGACACUGGAACAAUCCUGUAAGCACUGAUUGUUAUUUAGUUAUUUUUCCCUCUCUGCCCUACCGUCCUGGUAUUUUCGUCCAAUAGUUCCUGCUAGUAACAGAUAAUAAGAUGGUAAAAGCAAAUGAAAGAAGGGAAAGGAAAUGGAUGUCUUGUUUAUACUCUAUAUGCUCCUUAAAAUCUCCUGGACCUAUAGUGGACUGCUGAUUCUGAACUGAGACAAGAAUGAAGAAAGACAUCCGUCCAAAGCGAAUUGCUUGACUUCUCUUCCAGGUGCCUCUGACAUUCAUCCCAUGUGCUUCUCUCAUGAUCCCAUCGACAUUAGUUCUCUUUCUUCUCUUGUACAUCUUCUUUCCUUCAGCCACCAGUUUACCCUAUUCAAGCACAUCUGAAAUCAGGAAAAAAACAAACCAAGGAGACCAGCCCGAUAUGCUACAGAGUGAUGAAGGAUUCAAAGAAGGCAGAGAGAGCAGGAAUGCUGGGCCUGAAACUAGGAGACAUAUGGUGUUUAGAGGACAAAGUGAACAUUUGUUUUGAGGCAACCUCCUGGAGGGUCUCUGAGUGGGGAGAAAAGAAAUGUGGACCAGGUUUCUAGCUAUCAAAACUGACAAUAUGAAGAUCAAAGUGAGAAGUUAAGGGAUGGAACCCAAAGAGAAAAUAACCACAUUUCCAUCCAAGUAUUGGUGACCACAUCAAGACUAUAUUUGAUCCUACCCUUGUUUUCUUGCUCAGAUUCAUUCUUCCUAGCUAAUAAGGAUUUUUUUUAAAAAAACACCUUUUCUCUUUUUCUCUUUUUGGGUCUGACUCAAACCAGUUUAAAGUCAUAUAAACCCUUGUUUAAAGGAGCCAGAUAGUGGCCGCCUUGCGUCGCCAUGUGCAAAUGGGUGG